AAGAUGAAAUUCCUCGUUUGCUUCGCCAUCAUCGCCUUCGCCGCCAACGCUCUGGCCAACCCAACUGGCUCCGUUGCUGUUGCCAACCAGGAGUCCGAGGCUGAGGGUGCCCAGGCUCAGGCCUAUGGCGAUCUGACCCGUCUGCGCAAGUCCGCCUAUGGCGCCAGCUCUGGCGGCUAUGGCGCCCAAAGCGUGCCAGCUCCACCUUGCCCCAAGAACUAUCUGUUCAGCUGCCAGCCCAACUUGGCUCCAGUUCCCUGCGCUGCUCCAGCUGCCAGCUACGGAUCCGCUGGUGCUUACUCCGCUCCAGUUCCCACCUAUGCCGUGCCCCAGCAGCAGCAGUACUACGGCUACGCUCCCCAGGCUUAUGGCUACCAAUACUAA